UCACUAUAAAUAUAAGAUAGUCGUGAACCUGGUCGAAGAACUCGUUAUUAUCGCACAAAGCGUACGCUCGGUUCCUCCUAACGUUCCUAGUGAAUUCUGUGGCAACAGUGAUUCAAAAGUUUGCUUAUAACUCUUCACCAGCGGUGUCAAGUGCAGUCAAAAUCCUACGACAAUGAAAGUGCUGGCAAUAUUCACCGUCUCCGCCAUUGUCUGCCUGGCCGGUGCCAUCCCCCUGGACUCGAUUUCGGCUUUGUCGGCCGUUGCGGAUGGACCUGAAGGGGUGAGCAAAAAAACCGAAAAGCGAGGCAUCGGGCUCGGCUAUGGACUGUCCGGGUUCGGCUAUGAUGCCCCACUCGGCUACACGGCCACCGGUUAUCAUCCGGCCACCGGUUACGUGGCUCCGGUUGCCACCACCACCACCGUCAUCAAGGCUGGAUAUACGGGCAUUCCGGCUGCCACCGGGGCUGGUUAUACCGGUUACCAUGGUUUCUAUCCGGGAUACACCACGGGCUACAGCACCGGUUACGGUGGACUCGGAUACGGUGCCAUUCCGGCCGCUAGUGGAGCAAGCUACGCCAAAGUUGUCCAGCCGGCUACCACGUCCUACAGUAAGGUGAUCCACACCUACCCACAUUACGGAUCCACGGUUGGCUCCCACGCCCUGGGAUAUACCGGACUCGCCGGUUACCACGGAGGAUAUGUGUACUAACGAAACGAACCUCAGGACUCACCACGCCAUUCUGUAGAUAGGUUGCCCUAAUUAUGCCACUAUUUAUUGUUAACCUAGAAUAUAUAUACAUACGUCAAUAUCGUAAUCUGAUGCAAUUGUUAUAACCAUGGACAGGAUUUUUUAAUAAAAUUCCAACUGGCUGGGUUUU